AUGACGAAUGUGGGUACUGCUGCUGUUGAACUGUUGGAUGAGGAGGCACUGACGAUGAGUAUGGCACUCGAUCUACAACACGAUCUAAUCGAUCUUGGCUACACUUGGAGGCCCCCGCAGAGCCCAUUUACGAGGGAGUUGUCGGAAAAAAAUGAAUAG